UUUUUAUCCAAUCAUAUGAUCCUUGACAAUAAGGAAUAUUUUACAUGACACAAGGCGCAGUAAUUAUUUGCUUCAAACCCUCUUUUCUCUGUUAACACAUCAUGCCCUCCAAAAUUGUUCCUAAUGAAAUUUUGGUUCAGAUAUUCUGUCUACUAGACCGAAAAAGUAUUCAUUCUUUACUGUACCUUUGCAGACAAUGGCAUACUGUUGCAACCCCAUUUUAUUUUCAAAAGAUCCGGAUUAAAGAAACAGAUUUAGGAUUCGGCACACAUUUUAUAAACGGACAUAUGACACAAGAGCUUACUUUAUACAAAGAAAGUAGGGCAAAUCAGUUUUCUCUUCAAAAAUUAGGCGAACAACUCUUGCUGCUGCUGUCUUAUCUACCAAAUUUAGAAAGGCUUGUUAUUCAAUUAUGUCGCCAUUCACGUCAUUACCUGUCUAUUUUACAUCAACUUAAAGACACAGAUACGUAUUUACAACGUAUCCAAGAAAUUGUCUUCUACUCAAAUUACCCAAAAGAGCAUGUUUCACACUUUCUUGCUUGCUAUAGCUUUUGUAAAACGAUUAAGCGGCUUGAAACCGAUGUGAACGACAACUAUCUUAUGGCCACUACAUCAAAGCAUUUACAUUAUUAUCUACCACAGUUUACUUGCUUGACCCACUUAGUCUAUAACUGCCAACAAGGAAACGAUGCAACUUUAUUUGACAUUUUAAAUUGCUGUGAAAAUAUUGUAGAUUUUCAGUUCACCAGCCGUCACCCCAUUCCUUCCCGAGCAAGUAGUCAAGUUGACACUACAUAUAACAAGCAUCUAAAACGGCUGACCAUUUCUUCUCUGAUGAAUAUAUCUGCAUAUAUUGACUAUAUCCGAAACGUACAGCCAUUGGAUUGCUUGAAUCUAAUCAUUCAUCAAGAUGGAUAUAAGUUAUUUCAGUUGAUUGAACCGUUUGCUGAGGAAUUUCAAAAAUUCAAACAUUUAAAAAUUGAUUUUGAUUACGGACAAAGCAUAUCGAUCCCACCAUCAUACACCAACGUAUUUUACAGCGUUUUAUGCAAACUGAAAGGUGAUAGAAAUGUAUUGUAUGAUGCCAUAUUUAGUUCCUUCAGUUACAAUUCAAGAAAUUUCAUUACCGCUCUUGAUGAUGAGCUAAGUUUUGUUUAUGUCAUAAACAGUGGCAAUCAGAAAUUCUUUGUCGACACGCAUGGAAUCGUGAAAAGUCUAAAAUUUAUGAAAAACAGAUCCACACUAUUGGACUUAUUCAACUAUGCGAAAACGUUUCCUCGACUAGAAACGAUCUGUAUAGAAUUCGGUGAUUUCUAUUUAAAGGCCAAUAAAUCAACGGUAAUUACGAAUUGUUUUAGACCUACCCAAACUUUUUUCGAUCAAAUACACACUUAUCUCCCUGAUACCGAAGUUAUUACAUUUAAACGACAAAAUCCUUUUAGCGGUAGAGCACUUGGAACCACAUGGGAUCUUACGGAUUUCAAAAGUCUCAAGGAAUUCAACUUCCAUGUUAAUCAUUUAGACUUACAGGGUCAUGACAACACAUUUCUCAAAUUUGAUUACGGCGACUCCCAUUGCUACCGAAGAGUACGCUAUCACAUAGAUAUACGGAAGAAUUUGGAAUUUGGGAUUGUAUCCUCACCAGAGUGGAAUAGCCGCACAUUGAUCAUUACUAUCAAGGUCUAUAGUCCCUCAGUAGAUAUAAAUUGUAUCACAAACAAUUUUUAUACGGUAGAACCUGUGGCAUAUCUUAAUUAAACAUACUACUUGAUAAAUUUUGAACAAAAUACGUCUUCUUCUAUCGAUGUUCUUUCGGAAACUAUCUCACUUGUUCCUAUCGCUGUCUCAUGCUAGCAAUACAUCGUUUUACUUGUUGUAUUUCUUUCAUACUCUCUAUUAUGUCGUCCCAAAAUUUGUCGUUGUGUUUGACAUCAUCAGUAAACACCAAACUUUCAUUGUCG